AAAGAUUUACUUUUCAGUUUCCAUCAUAUAACUUCUCAACUCCUCUCAUAAUCCAAAUCUUAUGUGCUAUUGUUUAGUGUCAUUAUCUGUGUAACCACCUUACUUCGUCUUCUUAACCAGAAAAAUGAAUCAAAAUAUUGAAGAAAUAAAGUUUAUUUUGCUGAUUGUUUGCUUGUUAGUACCUUCAGCUGCAACACUUCUAGGAGUCAGCAAAAGAAUUUUUCAAGAGACAGGUAACACUUUUCAAUCUUGAUAAAUUCAAAUCUCAUUUUCUUGCAACUAAACUCGAACACAUUGCGAAAACCUUGUUUCACCUUUUAUGAACGUAAAAAAUGUUAUCUACUCAUAAAAAAAACAAAGUCAGCAACAAUCUUCAUAAAUAUGCAACGGUUAUCAGUCACCUAAUCGUAUACGAAAUCAUCAACAGAGGCCACUUGACCUAGCGAGCCACCACUGAAAAAGGCCAAUUAAAGUAAAGCAUCAUAGUUCAAAAGUCAAAACUGUUACAAGAUACUGAUUUUUCACCUUUAUUAUAUUUUUGAUAGUCCUUCAAAUCAUUACAGUUUAUUAGUCUCUGUUUGUAUUCUUACCUUAAAGCUCUGCAACUAAACUGCUACCAGUGGAUGGACAAUAAUGCGAAAAAUCUAUGUUUUGUGUUCAGUUUUAAUGCACAAGAGAGCAAAAAAACGGAGUAUCCCUCUGCAUAAGGCAAACAUGAGUUAAUGAAGGUUCAAUGUACAUCCACAAGCUAUAAAAUAGUUUUCAAGUCUAUAACAAUAAAAUCAACGGUUUUCUCGCAGAUUUGCUACUGUACGUUAAAAUGAACGUAAGUACAAGUGAAUCACUACUAAUCUACUAGUCUCAAGAAUUGUGCUUUGUAUCUAUGCUGCAUCUGGCUAGCUUAAAGAGAUUCAGUGAACCAUCAUUCUUUUCUUCGUAGAAGCCUUCAUUUUCUAUGUUGAUCACUAAUUAUAUAGCUACUCGUUAAGUACCACAUUAGGGAUUAAAACAACAAAUGUAAAAUUAGAUUAAAAAUUCGAAAUUCGAUGAACAUUUAAUCGUAUCAUGAUUGAGAUUCAGGGUAUUGAGAUAUAGAAAGAUAUAUAAUUAAGCUAAUUAGUGAUCUUCCUUGCUUGAUUACACCAUAGUUUUUGGAGAGACUUCUUGGUCAGUUAUCCACAUUCUCGCUCCGCCAUCGCGUACCAUAUGAUCCUAAGAUUCCGGCGGACGUUGUUUUAAACUGUGUUCAUAGAAUCACAGUUAGUGAUAUGUGAUCAAAGUAGAGCGAAGAAGAGUGUUAGUUGUUUCUUUCUUAACCGAAAAUAAACGGUCUUGUUUUUUAUCUUCCUUUGUGGAAUUAUAUCAACAACCAAAAAAGCCAAUUUACAGCUAAGCAGAUAUGACUAUUAUUUUCUCAUGAUGAAGUUUAAUUUUAUUAUAUCGUUAUUUAAAAUUAUAAUACUCAUAUUUAAAAUCAAAAUAUUAUUAAGUUUCCAGAGAAGACAUAACUCUCACUUUUUGUUUUGACCCUUACAUUACUAGUGAGAUCUUUAUAUACACAAACUGUCAUGUGAAACUGUAAUUUAAAUGGAUAAAGACAAAUGUAUAUUGUGAAGUAGGAACUACAGUAUAUAUUUUCUUCUCUUUUUUCCAACAUGUAGGAACACAUAUCUUUAUCCAAAAAAAAAAAAGAAAGCUUAAAAAUGAAAAAAAUCUACAUCCACUAAAUUUCAACACUGUGAAAAAAAAGAAAUAUAUUGUUUUUAUCUCAAAUUAGUCGUUUAGAGAAAAAUGUAAGUUUGAAAAUAAAUGAGAUUUCCCUGCAUUAAAUUUUUACAAUUAGUAAUAUAUUAAAAGCUGUGAACUAAUUCCAGAAAAAGUGAUAAAACCAAAAAUAAGAAAAAAUUAAUACCAAAUAAUAUUAACAUUUUUUAGUUUUGUUUUUUUAAUAAAGAGAGAAAAAAAAAGAGAGUGUUGUGUGAUUUUAUUUGUUUGUCGAAAUCUGGGAAUCAUCUGAUACUCUUCUUCUUCUCCUCCUUCAUCGAUUUGCUUCAAUCAUCUAUCGGCGACGAGCUCCAUCCGGUUUGUCUCCUAAUCAGAAUCUCUGAUUUCCCGAUCCGGCUAAUUCCUCAUCGUCGGAUCAAUUAGAUUAUCUUAUCCCAAGGAGAGGAGUGUGUGUGAAUCGGAGAGAGCGAGAGACAGAGAGAGAGAGAGGGAAAUGAACGGUGGUGAUGAGGUCGUCGCAGCUUCGGCAGACCCAUCUCUGCCUUUGGAAUGGAGAUUCUCUCAGGUCUUCGGUGAACGAAGCGCUGGUGAAGAAGUUCAAGAAGUUGAUAUAAUCUCAGCGAUUGAAUUUGAUAAUUCUGGAAACCAUCUUGCUACUGGGGACCGUGGAGGACGUGUUGUUCUUUUCGAGAGAACCGAUACCAAUAAUAGCAGUGGAACCAGAAGAGAGCUUGAAGAAGCUGAUUAUCCACUGAGGCAUCCAGAGUUUCGUUAUAAAACAGAGUUUCAGAGUCAUGACCCUGAGUUUGAUUACCUCAAGAGUUUGGAGAUAGAGGAGAAAAUUAACAAAAUUAGAUGGUGUCAAACAGCAAAUGGAGCUCUUUUUCUCCUCUCGACCAAUGAUAAAACCAUCAAGUUUUGGAAGGUUCAAGACAAGAAGAUCAAGAAAAUCUGUGAUAUGAAUUCAGAUCCUUCAAGAACUGUAGGAAACGGAACCGUUGCAAGCUCGAGCAAUUCAAACAUUACAAACUCAUGCCUUGUGAAUGGAGGAGUAUCUGAAGUGAACAACUCCUUAUGUAAUGACUUCUCAUUGCCAGCAGGAGGCAUCUCUUCGCUGCGAUUACCAGUGGUAGUAACUAGCCAUGAGUCGAGCCCUGUGGCUAGAUGUCGAAGAGUAUAUGCUCAUGCUCAUGAUUAUCAUAUUAAUUCAAUCUCAAAUAACAGCGACGGCGAAACAUUUAUUUCUGCUGAUGAUUUGCGAAUUAAUCUUUGGAAUCUGGAAAUUAGCAAUCAAAGUUUCAAUAUUGUUGAUGUCAAGCCUGCGAAAAUGGAAGAUCUAUCUGAGGUUAUCACAUCAGCAGAAUUUCAUCCUACCCAUUGCAAUAUGUUAGCCUAUAGCAGUUCGAAAGGUUCAAUUCGCCUGAUUGAUCUGCGCCAGUCAGCUUUAUGUGAUUCACAUUCAAAAUUGUUUGAGGAACCAGAGCAAGCAGGUCCUAAAUCGUUCUUUACUGAGAUAAUUGCUUCAGUCUCAGACAUCAAAUUUGCAAAAGAAGGAAGAUAUCUACUUAGCCGUGACUAUAUGACACUUAAGUUAUGGGACAUCAACAUGGACGCAGGUCCAGUAGCAACUUUCCAGGUUCAUGAAUAUUUGAAACCAAAGCUCUGUGAUUUAUAUGAAAAUGAUUCCAUCUUUGACAAGUUCGAGUGUUGUAUAAGUGGCAAUGGCUUGCGAGCAGCUACAGGUUCUUACAGCAAUCUGUUCCGUGUGUUUGGUGUUGCCCCCGGAAGUACUGAGACGGCAACCUUAGAAGCAAGCAGAAACCCAAUGAGGAGACAUGUCCCAAUUCCGUCGAGGCCAUCCAGAGCACUAAGCAGUAUAACGCGUGUCGUAAGUAGAGGAUCAGAGAGUCCGGGAGUCGAUGGGAAUACUAAUGCUCUUGAUUACACAACAAAGCUGCUGCAUCUUGCUUGGCAUCCAAACGAGAACUCAAUUGCUUGCGCCGCUGCAAAUAGCUUGUACAUGUACUAUGCUUAACUCAAUACUCAGCAAAAAAGAAGAAGAAGCAGAAAAGGCGCAUUUCCUUGCUCUAGACUCUGUUUUUCUUGGUUCCGUAUGGUUUGAUUGAUGGGGAUUGCUAUAUACAUCAUCAUGAUUGUCACUCACACAUGAUCUGUAAUCAUCAUCGUGGACUUAUGGGGGAAUGGCAUGGGGAGAAGGCAAGCAGUGAAAAACCAAUCAUUUUCUCUCUUUCUUUUUUUCGUUUUAAGUGUAGAAUUUUUCACUUGUGCACUUGGAAACUACUUUACAGGCCAAGAAAAAAGAACAAAGAAAAUCCGAUUGGAAGAAAUCGUGAUUUUAGUAAGCUAAUCAUCUCGUAUGACUUUUGGAUGGAUAUAGAUUAGAUUUUUAUAAUCUUUCCUGGUCUGUUGUGUAAUCAUUGUUUUAUUGAUUCUUUUGUUAAACUUGUUUCUACUUUCUUGACUUCUUAAAAUAAUACAUUUCAUCUACA